GGCACGGUUAGAUCAGUAUUGUGCGACGUAUUUUAACCACGAAGCUGUCAUGUACUCCGGUAUAGAAGGUGGGGCCAUGUCAGUGGCUUCGACUCAUGUCUCAAGGUGGAUACGGGUUUUCACGUUGUGAUGUUUAAAGUUCCGACAACCACUUAAUACCAGAAAGCAAACCAAGGGCAGAGCAGAAUUGUGUAUGCUAAUCCAAAAUAUGUCCGAAACGUUCACAUACUGACCGCUAGAGCGUCUAAAGGGAAACCUUACACUACUAACUUUACUAUGGAAGCUUUGACCCAAAUAGAAGAUAACAUCACGAUGAUUGCAACUUACAAUUUCAAAGGAAUGAAGGUACAGUGGAAAGAGACAUUUUGUAAAAUUAUCAGGUUCAAAUGGGUUAAGGAUUUUGUAAAUGCAUUCUUUCAGCCAGCUAUCACGAGGUGUCCUUGGCCCGUCGGUAAUUAUUCGAUAAUUGAUAUGGAACUACCACCGAAGAACCUGCAUCUACCGUUAUCUCAAGGUAAAUUGGAUCCGUCCGUGGACUUCCUGAUAACCGGAACCAAUACAUAUGUACUUCGGAUUACGAUGUUAUUGGUUUUGACCUAAUUGUUUCUAACGCAACCUUCCGAUGUCUGGGUUUUUCGAACGGUUCGGUGACAAAAAAGAAAACACGCUUCAACAAUUCGACAAAAAAAAUAUCCAUGUUGAGUUUUACAGUUGCAGAACUGUUUUCUAUGUGAAUUGUGUGCGAUUUAGAUGAUUUUUGACUAUACCUAAUUAGUGUUCAGGCCAGUGCCUUCAAUUCUUUUAUAGCCAUGUCAAAGAUGCUAGCCUUCUAAGGCGCUAAGCAUCACAGUUUAAUAUCUUAAUGUAUUUCGCUAUCAUUCAAUCAUUCACUACCCGCUCUUCAAGCACGCUGUACAUCUCUUAACUUAAAUAUUAUAAGAAUAACAUCAAA